GUUUGUCAGCCGCCCCGCGCCUUAUGUCUGUUCAAUUUUCAUCAUCAUCAAAGGCCCCAAUCUAAAGGGGCGGGAAAAAAAGAAACGAAAACGAAAAUCGCUCGGCUCAACGCCUUCAUUGCCAACUCACUCUAACGACGAGGCUGAAAUAGAAUCAUCCGGGGAAAAUGACGAGUCUCAAGCGUUCGUUCGAGGCGGACCCUUUUGCUGCCAACAUCUCAAGCAAGGUCUACGUCCGAUCGACCAGAAAGGGCAAGGUUCAGAAAAUCGUGAGAGAGGUAUACCUGCGUCAAGACAUCCCUUGCUCAUCCAAGCUUUGCCGAAGCUGUUUGCAAACGGCCCCCAGAGAUGCAGCCAACAAUGUUCAACCAUUUGUGCUGUCCGACAAGCCCGCGGGAACAAAGGUGUUCCCCCAGGGGCACUAUAUCGUCCCCGACACCAACGCUCUGCUGAACGCCAUGGACCUUUUCGAGCAGAGCUCGGCCUUCUACGACGUUGUCAUUCUGCAGACCGUGCUGGAGGAGCUGCGCAAUCGGUCGCUUCCGCUAUACAACCGACUCGUCGGUCUCACCAAGAGCGAGGAUAAGCGCUUCUAUGUCUUCUUCAACGACUUUCGCCUCGAGACUUACGUCAACCGUGAGGCCAACGAGACCGUCAACGACCGCAACGACCGCGCUGUGCGCAAGGCGGUCAAGUGGUAUGCCGAGCACCUGGCCCAGACCAAGGCCAAGAAUCUCCCCGCUGUCGUCAUGCUCAGCGACGACCAAGACUGCCUGAGGAAAGCCAAAGCUGAGGGCGUGACGGCCAUGUCGUUGUCCGAUUAUGUUGGCGGUCUUGAGGACGGCGAGCGGCUGCUCGACAUGGUCGCUGAGUCACGGAACUCGGGCUACUCCAAGAAACCCGCCGGGCCGAUAUAUCCCGAGUACUUCACCAUGUCCAAGCUGAUGACGGGCGUCAAGGCCGGGCUUCUGCACCAGGGCAUCUUCAACGUCUCGCCGUACAAUUAUCUCGAGGGGUCCAUUAACGUCCCUGCGUUCCCCAAGCCUCUCAUUGUCCUCGGCAGGGAGAACAUCAAUAGAGCUGUCAGCGGCGAUGUCGUUGUCGUUGAGGUUUUGCCAAAGGAGCAGUGGAAGGAGCCGUCAACAAAAAUUAUCGAGGAGGAGGCGGUCACUCGCGACGAAAAUGCCGACGAAGAAGCAGCUCAGGAUAUCGUGUCCGAGAAGGAGCGCAAGGCGCUGCAAGAGGAGGUCAAGAAGACGCACAGCAAGAGCACCGAGGGCCGUCCGCAACCCACGGCAAAGGUCGUCGGCAUCAUCAAGCGCAACUGGAGACAGUAUGUUGGACACAUCGACCCUUCGUCGGCGAGCAAGAGCGGUGGCCAGGGCCGCAAGCAGGACAACGUUUUCCUCAUCCCGAUGGACAAGCGCAUCCCCAAGAUCAAACUGCGCUCGAGACAGGUCCCCGAGCUCCUCGGCAAGCGUCUGCUGGUCACCAUCGAUGCGUGGGACCGCGACUCCAGAUAUCCCGUCGGCCACUUUGUGCGUUCACUGGGUGAGCUCGAGACCAAGGCCGCCGAGACGGAGGCCUUGUUAUUGGAGCACGACGUGCAGUACCGCCCCUUCCCCAAGACGGUGCUCGACUGCCUACCGAAGGAGGGGCACGACUGGCGAGUCCCCCAAAACCUGGAGGAUCCCGGCUGGAGAGACAGGGAGGAUCUCCGCAAGCUUCUCAUCUGCAGUAUUGACCCCAUCGGCUGUCAAGACAUCGAUGACACGCUCCACGCGCGGCCGCUCCCCAAUGGCAAUUUCGAAGUCGGCGUCCACAUCGCCGACGUGUCCCACUUUGUCAAACCUGGCAAUGCCAUGGACACGGAGGCCAGCCUGCGAGGCACGUCCGUGUAUCUCGUGGACAAGCGUAUCGACAUGUUGCCCAUGCUCCUCGGCACCGACUUGUGCUCGCUGAAGCCCUACGUCGAGCGCUAUGCCUUCUCCGUCAUCUGGGAGAUGAAUCCGAACGCGGACAUUGUCGGAGCUCGCUUCACCAAGUCGGUCAUCCAGUCCAAGGAGGCUUUCAGCUACGAGGCGGCCCAGCUCCGCGUUGACGACGCCUCCCAGCAGGACGAUCUCACCAACAGCAUCAGAACGCUCAUGAUGCUGUCCAAAAAGCUGAAGCAGAAGCGCAUGGACGCCGGCGCCCUCAGCCUGUCGUCCCCCGAGGUCAAGGUGCAGAUGGAGUCGGAGACAUCGGAUCCCAUCGACGUCAAGACGAAGCAGCACCUCGACACCAUGUCUUUGGUCGAGGAGUUUAUGCUGCUUGCCAACGUCAGCGUCGCCAGCAAGAUCUAUGAAGCCUUCCCGCAGACCGCCAUCCUUCGUCGUCACGGUGCCCCGCCCAAGACUAACUUUGACGAGCUCUCCAACCAGCUCAGGGUCAAGAAGGGCCUGGAGCUUCGCGUCGACUCGAGCAAGGCGCUCGCCGACUCGCUCGACAACUGCGUAGACCCCGCCGACCCCUUCUUCAACACGCUCGUCCGCAUCAUGGCCACCCGCUGCAUGAUGAGCGCCGAGUACUUCUGUUCCGGCACACAGGCGUACCCCGAGUUCCGCCACUACGGCCUGGCAUCGGAGAUUUACACGCACUUCACCUCCCCGAUCCGCCGGUAUGCUGAUCUCGUCGCCCACAGGCAGCUAGCGGCGGCCAUCGGGUACGAGGCGAUCCAUCCGGCGGUGCGCAGCAGCGGCAAGCUCGAGGCCGUGUGCAAGAACAUCAACGUACGGCACCGUAACGCGCAGCUGGCGGGCCGUGCCAGCAUCGCCUACUACGUUGGCCAGGCGCUCAAGGGCCGGGUCGCAGAGGAGGAGGCCUUUGUGAUGAAGAUCUUCAGCAACGGCUUUGUAGUGCUCGUACCGCGGUUCGGCAUCGAGGGGCUUAUCCGGCUCCGCGACCUCGCUGAGCCGGAGCCUGAGAGCGCAUUCGAUGCGGAGAACUACGUGCUGACGACGACGGGAAGCUACAAGUUGAAGGUGGAACUGUUCCAGAAGGUCAAGGUUAAGGUCACUGAUGAGAAGGACGAGGCGACGGGGAAGAGGGGUGUCAAGAUGGAGCUCGUCAAGGCUUGAGAGGCUGCCUUGGAUUUUUCUCUGUCGUUGGAGUCGGGACGUGAUGUGGAUGAGAAUGUGGCAUAGAUAGAGCAGCCCAAGAAGUCCUCUAAGGCGAGCAUCUUGUGAUCGAGGCAGAGCCAUAUUUACCUACCACUAAUGGAAGGCAGUUCUCGAACGUGGUCGAUUUGACAUGGCGAGAGGUUCUUUCCUCACUGCUAGCGUCAACAAGAAUUAUCCAUCUCCUGGUUUGGCGCUUGAACUGAACACGACAGGACACCCACUUUGGGCAAUUGGAGCGGCUGAUGACCAGUUAUUGAAUAAUCGCUUUUGUUGAUCCUCUCAAUACGGCGACUCUAGUCUCCUCCGUAUUUGAAAACAAAGUCAAGCAUCCCAAGGAGCGUGGGAUGCAUCCCCAAUGCCUUGGAACAGAGUCCACGUCGGCGCCGGUUCUCGGUGUGCACCUCGGCCGCCGCCGAAAAUGCACCGCGAAUGCGGGGUGUGGAUGCCGACAUCAGGUGGGGGUUGUUGUUUGUUAUCUUUACGCGGAGAGGGAGGAAGGCCGGGACGGCAAGACGCCCACUGGCGUCCGCAAAUCCAAUUCUACGGCAUGCGUGUUGGCAUGGGAAACAAGAAAGAGGGAGAGAAAGAAUGGGCCCAAGAAUUCCGUGGCCAAGAAAACGAGGGCUCACAAGGCCUGCAGCGGAUGGCAGGGAAUAUGAAC